AUGGGGACGCCAACCGCGGCCAUGACGCAUCUCACGCAUCCCAUCGGAUGCGUGGCGUCACAGCGUGCAGGGCUCGGCUACCUCGUCGGCCCGGCGAUCUCCGCCUUCGAGGGAGUCCUAGUGUCACAGUAUGUCUUCGUGCAGAUGAAGCUGAGCGACCCUGCUCCCUUUGGCAGGGUGGUCAUUGUGAGCCACCUCCUAGCGCUGCUCAUCUUCGGCUUCAUAGGUGCCUUCGGCUUUGGGAUCUACGGGUCUCGGGUGGAGGAUGUGAUCUACGAAAACUUCCCCCCGGAGUCGUUGGCUGUGAAGUUUAGCAAGCUCACCAUGUCCUUCGUCCUGGUGGUUAGCUUUCAGAUCCAGAUGUUCGUGGUCUUCUCCAUUCUGGAUUCCGCGAUGCAGAGAUAUGCAGAAGGUGCGAGCGCCGUUGAGAACCAGGAGGACUCGGACACGGCGAAUGAGCAAUCGGACCAGGACAAGGUGGCUUUGCUGAAGGGUGCCGCAGCGCCAACGCCAGAACCGCCCUGCCCACAGGUGAUGCGCUGGAUAGUGAUCGUGGUUUGCUUCUAUGUGGCCGCGCUGCUCCCAUCUCUGAGCGCACUGCGACUGGGGGGCGGACUGGCCAUGGCAUUCUGCGCCAUGGUGGUCCCCGGCGCCGGCCAUUUGAAGGUGAUGUGGGAUGAGAUGGGAUGGCUGGAUAUGGCUGCAGAUGUGGCUUUGAUCGUGCUGGGCAUUUUGUCAGCGGUGCUCACCGUUUUUUGUUUCCGCACGGCAGAUUUCCGCCCGGCAUUUUCCAUUUUGGCGCUGCCUGAAUUGGGGGAAUUGAGCUCAGGACAAGCAGGUUCAGUUUGGCCAAAGAUGCCUCCGGCACAGUUGAUCACGGCAUCACCGUUGUGCGUGCCGUUCGUCGACAACGCCUUGCGCCUUGCAGCCGAUGUCAAGUACGUGCACAAGAGCGCCUUCCUGGUGGUGGCGAGCGGCCGCGACGUUUCGCCUCGGCUGCGGUAUUUGGACCUAAGAUGCGCGGACCGCCCCAUCGACCUACAGCCGGCCUUCAGCCCCCAGCAGGCGGUGUACGGGGCGCAGCUGGACUUCGCCGAGCCCAGCUUCGCCGUGGACGCCCAACCAGCCGAGGGCGCAGACUUUGUGAACAUGGAGGACUUCUCUUCCACGAAGCUGGUGGCGCCAGGCAAACAGGUGAUCUCCACGCUGAAGGUGCGGAAUCCCGAGAGCAAGGAGGAGUUGGACUACUCCGUGACUGUGCAGCGGCUCACGGGCAAAGAGACGCAGCUGCGGGACCUGCGAGCGCUGGGCGCCCAGCUGGAGCCCGCCUUUGCCUUUGACACGGAGGCGAAGCCGGAAGCGUUUUGCUCCCCCAAAAACCCCACGUGA